AUGACCCGAACCAGCAAGACAUUAUCACUAUCGGACGAACUUGCACCUGAAAGCAGGCCCUUGCUCAGCCAUCAUGACACCGAGGAAUUGUUAUCGCAGCGGUACGGCACGGAUGGUACGGUGGCUCGUGCACCGCAUAACCAGAACAACGCCGCGACCGGAGGAGCAAACAGCGACAACAACGGCAAUGGUGAUGAUGACGGAUUGGAGGAUAUCAACUUUGACGACGACCCGGAUAAUCCGCAAAAUUGGCCGACGCCGUUCAAAUGGAGUGUUGUGGCGCUGUUGGCUAUGACGGCUUUUAGUGUAACAUUCAACUGCAUCUCCCUCGUCCCUCUAGCUCCCUCAAUCGUCCGCUCCCUCACGCCACCUCCAACGGACCCAUCGCUUCCACCAACAAACCUUAAAUCCGCCUCCGUCCUCCUCGUCACAAUCUGGGAGUUAGGAGAAGCCGCAGGCCCUCUUUUAAUCGCUCCCCUCUCGGAACUCUUCGGGCGCUACCCAACCCUCAACAUCUCCAACAUUUUGAUGAUCUUCUUCACCAUCUUGACAGCAACAGCCACCUCCGUCCCAACCCUCAUCUUAUCACGAUGUCUUACCGGACUGGCUGUUGCCUCAAAUGUGCUAAACCCGGCUAUUGUGGGCGAUAUGUUCCCCUCCGACCAACGCGGGAGCGCAAUGUCCAUGGUUUUCGUCGCCCCUUUAGUGGGCGGAGCCAUUGGUCCUGCGAUUGCGUCUGCUGUGGCAGACUCAGUGGGAUGGAGGAAUGUAGUCUGGGGCGCUGUCGUUCUCAGCACCAUCUGCGAGGUUUUGUUCCUGUGUUUGUUCAAGGAGACGUAUAAAGUGGCUAUCAUCAAGCGGAGACUGAAGGAGAAAUCGAGGUUGGCGGAUCAGGCGAAUGCGAACCUGAACCUAGCAAAUGGACCCGGAAAAAGAGGAAUGGGGCACAAGAGGACAUACUCAGAGAUGAGCAUUGGGAGUAAGCGGGCGGCGAUGAAGAAGCUGAGGGACUCGGUGUUGAGACCGUUCUUGGUGGUCUUUGGGUCGGGACUGUUGAUGGCGUUGAGUUUAUUGGGGAGUGUCACGUUCUCGUUCUUUUACGUGAUUAGUGUUACUUUGCCGGAGAUUUUGGAGGAUAAUUAUGGGUUGGAGGGGGCGGUCAAGGGGUUGUGUUUUAUGGGUUUUACCGUCGGCUCCUUCUUCGCAGUCCUAACCUGCAACGCCUUCCUCGACCGCAUCUACAUCCACCUCCGUGACCGCCACGCCUCCGCCACCCUCGGUCUCGGCCCUUGUUCCCCGGAAAACCCCACCCCCGUCGAAAAACCAGAAUUCCGUCUUCCGCUCACCAUCAUCGGCGCAUUCAGCAUGCCCUUCGCCAUCACCUUCUACGGCAUCGUCGCCCAUCUUUGUCUCCCCUUGCCCUUUUUGUUGCUCGCAUGCGCCAUGAUCGGCGCCAACGCCAUGCUCACUUUGAUCCCCCUGAUGGCGUACGUCGUUGAUGCCUUUGGGUUGUUCAGUGCUAGCGCCAUGACGGGGGUUAUCGUGAGUAGAUGUCUUAUGGGCACUUUCUUGCCGUUGACGACGGCGCCGCUGGUGGAGAAGUUUGGGUACGGUUGGGGAUUUAUGGUUUUCGGAGCGAUGAGCAUGGCGUUGGCGCCGAUUAGUGUGGUGGUUUUCAGGUAUGGAGAGCGGUGGAGGCAGUUUUGCAAGUACUCUAGGGAGCAGUGA